AUGACGACUUCGGCGGCGCGCGUCCCCCUGCAGACCCUCACGGAGAACAGCCUCCCGCAGCACCUCAGGACCCCCUGUGGCAAGGAGCAGCCGGCCCCGGUGGAGAAGGAGAACACGCCACCGACUCUCAGCAGCACCACCGUGCUGGCCAGCAAGACGGCGAGGAGGAUCCUGCAGGAGUCGGUGAGGCGGCCGGGCCCCAAAACCGAGGAGCCUCUGCUGCGAGAGAACCCCAGGCGCUUCGUGGUCUUCCCCAUCCAUUACCACGACAUCUGGCAGAUGUACAAGAAAGCGGAGGCGUCCUUCUGGACGGCUGAGGAGGUGGAUCUCUCCAAGGACACCCAGCACUGGGACGCCCUCAAGCCCGAGGAGAGGUAUUUCAUCUCGCACGUCCUGGCCUUCUUUGCAGCGAGCGACGGCAUCGUCAAUGAGAAUCUGGUGGAGCGCUUUACACAGGAAGUUCAGAUUACCGAAGCACGCUGUUUCUAUGGCUUUCAAAUCGCCAUGGAAAACAUACAUUCUGAAAUGUAUAGUCUCCUCAUUGACACUUACAUCAAAGAUUACGAACAAAGGGAACAUCUCUUCAACGCCAUUGAAACAAUGCCUUGUAUCAAGAAGAAGGCGGACUGGGCCCUGCGUUGGAUUGGGGACAAGGAGGCUACCUAUGGAGAACGUGUUGUGGCCUUUGCGGCAGUAGAAGGGAUCUUCUUUUCUGGCUCUUUCGCAUCGAUAUUCUGGCUCAAAAAAAGAGGACUGAUGCCUGGCCUCACAUUUUCCAAUGAACUUAUUAGCAGGGAUGAGGUGAGUUUACAUUGUGACUUUGCUUGCCUGAUGUUCAAACAUUUGAUAAACAAACCUUCAGAACAGAGAGUGAGAGAAAUAAUUCUCAGUGCUGUGAAAAUAGAACAGGAGUUUCUUACUGAGGCCUUGCCAGUGAAUCUCAUUGGAAUGAAUUGUACAUUAAUGAAGCAGUACAUUGAAUUUUGUGCUGACAGACUUAUGCUGGAGUUGGGUUUUAGCAAGGUAAAAGUAAAAAUCCAUUUUGACUUCAUGGAAAAUAUUUCAUUGGAGGGAAGACUAACUUCUUUGGAAGAGAGAGUAGGAGAGUAUCAGAGGAUGGGAGUGAUGUCAAGUCCAACAGAUAAUUCUUUUACUUUGGAUGCAGACUUCUAAGAAAAAAAGGCUGCAUAAAAUGCAAAGGUA